AUGGCGUCUUCAAAUUCAGUGGCGAUUUCUCCGAGGAAGCUCCGAUCAGACCUAUAUUCAUACUCUUACCAAGACGACUCAAACACGCCACUCGUCAUCUCUGUUCUCUCCUCUCUGAUCGAACGGACUUUAGCUCGGAACGAGAGGAUCAGCCGGAGCUACGGUGGUUACGGUAAAACACGUGUCUUCGACUGCCGCGAGAUUCCUGAUAUGACGAUUCAGUCGUACCUAGAGAGGAUUUUCCGGUACACCAAAGCCGGUCCAUCGGUUUACGUUGUGGCUUAUGUGUACAUUGACCGGUUCUGUCAGAAUAAUCAAGGCUUCAGAAUCAGUCUUACUAAUGUUCAUCGUCUCCUCAUCACAACGAUCAUGGUCGCUUCCAAAUACGUUGAAGACAUGAAUUACAGAAACUCGUACUUUGCGAAAGUAGGGGGACUAGAGACGGAAGAUUUGAACAAGUUGGAAUUGGAGUUCUUGUUCUUGAUGGGGUUUAAGUUGCAUGUGAAUGUGAGUGUGUUUGAGAGUUACUGCUGUCAUCUUGAGAGAGAAGUAAGUAUCGGAGGAGGUUAUCAGAUAGAGAAGGCGUUACGUUGCGCUGAGGAAAUCAAAUCCAGACAAAUUGUUCAAGAUCCUAAACACCAUCAUCACCAUCAGUUUUCCCGAAUCUUGUUGUAG